CCACUACAUACGUUUCGCAACGCAACCACCGCAAACUCUGCUUCUCGUACUUCACGUCUUGUUUCUUGGCAUUCCUCUCAAUUUUGGUUCCACUUUGGCUUAUACUCGUUAGGACAAGAUGGAUGAAGAGCUUUAUGAUGAGUUUGGUAACUACAUCGGUCCUGAAGAGGAUGAGGAUUUGGAGUCCUAUAAUGCUGUUGCAGCGGAAUCCGUUGCAGCCGCACCUGGUUUUGAAGAAUUCAUUGAAACUGAGGAACAGCAGGAACAAGAAAGUGCUGCUAUCGAUGAAGAGUACCGGUCGGCGGAGGGUACCAUGGCUCUUGAUGUUGUUCCUCCAGUAGCAGCAGAAAAUGCUGUUGUGUUGCAUGAAGAUAAAUCAUACUACCCUUCAGCUGCCAAUGUGUACGGCGAAGAUGUGGAUGUUAUGGUGCAGGAAGAGGACACACAACCGCUGACGGAACCUAUUGUUGCGCCUAUUCGUGAAAAACGGUUCGCAAUUGAGACAACAAAUGUUCCUGAAUGUAUUUAUAAAAAAGAAUUUCUGCGAGAUGUUUUGUGUUCGACAGACGAUGUGAGAACAUUUGCUGUCGUAGGACACUUGCACCAUGGAAAAACUAGUCUGAUCGAUCUGCUUGUGCGUUACACACAUAUCGAUAUUCGCGAACCAAAAACCAAAUCACUGAGGUACACCGAUACCCAUUAUUUGGAGCGUGAGCGGGUAAUGUCCAUCAAGAGUACGCCCAUGACAUUGCUUGCCACAUCGUCUCAACAAAAGUCUUAUGCCUUUCAGUGCAUAGAUACCCCUGGACACGUUGAUUUCGUAGAUGAAGUCGCUACCACUAUGGCUGUCAGUGAUGGUGUUGUCCUCGUCGUUGAUGUUAUUGAAGGGGUGAUGAUAAAUACGCGCCGUAUAAUAAAGCAUGCUGUACUGCAAAACAUGCCCAUUGUGGUUGUACUGAACAAAAUCGACCGUCUAAUCCUUGAACUGCGACUUCCUCCGGCUGACGCUUACUUUAAAAUUAAGCACACUAUAGAUGAGGUCAAUCAUGUCAUUCACAGUGUCAAUCCUGAUCCUACGCGACGCGUGUCUCCAGAACUCGGUAACGUCUGUUUUGCAUCCUCUGAGUUGGGUUACUGCUUUACUCUGUUUUCCUUUGCCAAGAUGUAUGUUGAUGAGUAUGGAAAGAUCGAUAUUGAGCAGUUUGGCAAGCGACUGUGGGGCGAUAUUUUCUUCGACAAACAGCUUCACAAGUUUGUUCGUAAAACAAAUGAGCAGCAAUGUGUUCGCAGCUUCGUUCAUUUCAUUUUGGAGCCUCUGUACAAGUUGCACUCGCAUACCCUCAGCGAUGAACCUGCACGCUUGAAAUCACUUCUGGCAAAAUUUCGAAUCUACUUAAAAAAGUCUGAUUAUGAACUCGAUCCACAGCCACUUUUGCGCCUGGUAUGUUCAGCAUUCUUUGGGUUUCCCACCGGUUUUGUGGACGCCGUAGUGAAGCACAUUCCGUGUCCUCGUGAAGCCGCUGCUCAAUACAUUCCCCGGCGCUACACAGGACCCCUUGAUGGCGAUCCCAUCGGCCGUUCGCUUGUUGAGAUGAAUCGUUCGACUGAUGCACCCUUGGUGAUGCACGUUACGAAGCUUUACACAUCCGUGGACGCCAAUAGCUUCUAUGCACUGGCCCGCAUUUAUUCGGGCCAGGUUGUCAAAGGACAGAAGGUUUGUGUUCUUGGUGAGAACUACUCGGUGGAUGAUGAAGAGGACAUGGUGCAUGCCACUGUUACUGAAAUAUCUAUUCCUUGUGCACGUUAUCGUUUGCCCAUUGAAGGCGCUACUGCUGGCAUGCUGGUCUUUUUGAGCGGUGUCGAUAAUUCCAUCAGCAAGUCGGCAACUGUUGUUUCUGAGGGCAUUCAGUCCGCGUUGUACGUGUUUUCGCCUGUGGUGCAUUUUACCGAUAGUGUUUUUAAGGUCGCUAUCGAGCCACACAAUCCUUCUGAAUUGCCCAAAAUGCUUGAUGGUCUUCGAAAGGUAAACAAGGUGUAUCCCUUGGCUAUCACAAAAGUGGAGGAAUCGGGAGAACAUACUGUUUAUGGCACCGGUGAAAUGUACAUGGACUGCUUACUGUACGACUUGCGUUUUCUUUUUUCCGAAAUCGAGAUCAAAGUCUCCGAUCCUGUAGCUCGGUUCUGCGAAACUGCUGUGGAAACCUCUUCCUUAAAAUGCUUCGCUGAAACUCCAAACAAAAAGAACCGUAUUUCGAUGGUAGUUGAGCCCUUGGAUAAGGGUAUUGCUGAUGAAAUUGAGCAGGGUCAUGUGAAUUUGAAAUGGCCUACGAAAGAAGUUGGCAAGUUUUUCCAAGAAAAUUACAGCUGGGAUUUCUUGGCUUCACGUUCCAUUUGGGCUUUCGGUCCCGGAGACUGUGGCCCGAAUAUUCUGAGAAACGAUACUCUGUUGCCUGACGAAGAAAAGCCGCUGCUGAACUCGGUGAAGGAUUAUAUAACACAAGGAUUCCGGUGGGGUACGCAAGAGGGACCUCUUUGCGACGAGGCCAUUAGAAACGUGAACUUCCGUAUCCUUGACGUUACACUAGCUUCUGAGGCUUUGUAUCGUGGAGGCGGCCAAAUUAUCCCAACAGCCAGACGUGUGUGUUACUCGUCUUUCUUAAUGGGUUCCCCUCGAUUAAUGGAACCUGUUUACCACGUUGAGAUUUAUGCACCUGCGGAUAGUUUGCCUGUAAUAUACAACGUUGUUUCACGUCGACGUGGUCAUGUCGUGAAGGAUGAGCCAAAGCCCGGCUCUACAUUGUAUUUAUUGGAAGCCUUGCUGCCGGUUAUUGAUUCCUGUGGUUUCGAAUCGGACCUUCGAGUACAGACUCAAGGUCAGGCAAUGUGCCAGCAAGUAUUUGAUCAUUGGCAGGUCGUGCCUGGUGAUCCACUUGACAAAAGCAUUAAAAUGAAGCCCUUAGAAGCGGCACACGGUCCUGCGUUGGCUCGUGAUUUCUUGGUGAAAACUAGACGCCGUAAGGGUCUUGUCGAAGACGUCUCGGUUACCAAGUAUUUUGAUCAGGAAAUGAUUGAUUCGUUGAAGGACGCGGGCAUUGUGUCGUCCUUCCUAUAAAACCCACUCGCUCCCUAGAAAUCACCCUCUCCAUGGUAUCACACACGGUAGUUCCUGUCUAUCGAGGAUGCGUUGUACUUUAUUAAAAGAAAAUUAACUACUGAUUAUAUUUCGUUUCUCAUGUUUCGUUCCUUAACUGUCUACGUCUAUGACUUCUUUCCUUCAAACACUGCUGCUGCCGUUUCAGCAACCCGUAUAAGCCUGUGAUGGAUAGUAACCCCAUUUCCUUCCCCUUCAUACACUCGAUUACAAUACCGUUUUUUCCCCAUUUCCCGGUAUCAAAGCCAAAAAGCCUAUCUUGCACACUUGGUUAUUCACCCUUACUCUACGCACAUCCUUCCCCUUCUCGACUAGCCUAGUGCUAGGCACCAACAAUAGCAUGUGCUCCUCGGUCGUACAAUAAAGAGCUCUAUUAGUGUAGUGCGAGCUAAUGCUCAGUAUAACGAGAUUCGACAAUCUCCACUGGGCGCUACCACGAUUCUCGUUGCGCUUCUUAAACUAAGCGAAAGCUUUUCCACCAACAGUGGCUCGUUUAAGCUGAAAAACGGAAUCGUUAAAAAAAGCCGAGAGGAAUGGUUAUGUCAUUCUACUGUAGUUCUGAAUUAAUUAUUCUACAAAUACAAAUUUUGUUGGAUUGUGAGCCGCC